UGCUAUCAUUGUGUCAACAUUAGCAGACUCCUAGAUCUUAUAGUGAUUGUUUGUGUAGAUGGUCCGCGAGGGUCUGCGGCCGCGAGACUUCCUCCGUCAGUUCGACAAACAGAACGAGAUGGUGAUCCCGCGCGCUGACUUCUAUCGAGGACUGGCUGCCUCCGGGAUGUCGCUCACGCCCGUAGAGAUGGACACGCUUAUGGAAGUUUUCUGUGCGCCCGGGCGGCGCCGGUUCGUGGAGUACGAGAGGUUCUGCGAGACGGUGGGCGGCGCGCAGGCGCAGGGCGGGCUCGAGCGCGCGCCGCUGCUGCAGCCGGUGCCGCACGUGCCCACCCUCGACUCGCCGCUCAACUUCCUCUCCUACGAGGAAAGGCACGUCGUCUCCAUGGCGCUCACCAAGCUAGCCAAGUUCCCGGAUCAGCUCUCCAAUAUACUAGAAGUAUUCAAGGACAUGGACCGCGCCCGCUGCGGCACCAUCCCGCGCGUGUCGGUGGAGCGCGCGCUCUGCCAGCGCAACCUGCUGCAGCUGGUGUCGGCGCGCGAGCGGGACCUCAUAUACAAGUGCUUCGGGUACCGGCGCGGCUGCGGCGACGAGGUACGCACACGCACGCACACGCGCACGCACACACACACACACAGAGAGAACGAUAAACACAUACGUCACCAGUAGUGUUGGAUACUGCCAAUAGUUUCGGGAGCAUUGAAAGUUUUCAGGAAGUUUACCAAUAUGGGAAGUUUAAGCGAUAUAGUUAUUUUAAUGUUGAUUUGACUUUCUUAUUAAGAAAUAAUGAU